AUCACCCGGCAAAGCGAUCAAGGCAACAAAAAGAGAAACCAGAGCCACCACCAAACCACCAACCGAAGCAUCGCACCACCAAGGCUAAGCUCCAGAAGACUCCAAACAGACGAAGCCCGAAGAAUGAAGAUCUCCAUCAUCUCAGUGCUACUCUCUGUUGCUCUGCUGUCCGAGUGCCACCUACUGACGGUAUCAGCAUCCCCUGCCGGACGGACCGGAGACUCCAGCGCCGAGCAGGACAUCCUGGCGCAGCUGCUGGACGAGGAAGCGGGCGAGACGAGCAGAGACGCCGGAGGACCCAGAGUCAUCGUUGUGGGCGACACGUCCCUCUGGGGGACCCUGAGGACCCUGGAGAGGGGGGCCCUUCCGCACCUGGCCACUGCCGAGCGAAGGGACACCAACCAGGAACCCAACCCCAACCUGUCCGUCCUGCGCAGGGACACCAUGAGGUGCAUGGUGGGCAGGGUGUACCGGCCAUGCUGGGAGGUGUGAUGACAGCUUCUGGAACCUUCUGAGCCUUCAAUAACCACAGGCAACCCCCCCUCUCUGUUGUGUGUUGUCUCUCAAUGAAUGUUGUGUUACUUGGAGAAAAAUGUACAGCCUCCUGCAACCUGCUAUCCAAUGACAAAGCAAUGUAAUUAAAAGAUAAGUAUAUACUCUA